CCCACUUUCCCCAGUCAAGCCCUCCCCUAGUUAUUUCCGGUUCCGCUCGUGGCCAGGCGGUUUCCGGUGCUAGGGGACACCAUGUCUGAAUCGCCACCUUUGCUGCGGAUUUUGUGCUUGGCCGGCUUUAGACAGAGCGAGCGCGGCUUCCGGGAGAAGACCGGGUCUCUGAGAAAGGCUCUGCGGGGCCGCGCCGAACUCUUGUACCUCAGCGGCCCCCACCCUAUCCCAGAGGCCGACCCCGCAGCUGGACCCUGUACCCCAGAGGAAGAACCUCGAGGUUGGUGGUUUUCAGAACCAGAAGGAACAGGAUUCUCUGCCCUGGAAGAGCCAGCUGAAUGCCGGGGUCUGGAGGAAGCCUUGGCUGUGGUUGGGCAAGCAAUGGCCAAGUAUGGCCCCCUGGACGGACUCCUUGGUUUUAGUCAAGGGGCAGCCUUAGCAGCCUUAGUGUGUGCACUGGGCCAGGCUGGUGACCCCCGCUUCCCUCUCCCUCGAUUUGUCAUCUUGGUUUCUGGUUUUCAGCCCCGAAGUCCCAAACUCACCCCACCCUUCCUGCAGGCACCUGUAUUGCUCCCUUCAUUGCAUGUGCUGGGAGAAACUGAUAAAGUCAUCCCUACGCAGGAGAGUCUUGAACUAGCUGGCUGCUUCCCCGGGGCAGUCACUCUCCACCACCCUGGCGGCCACUUCAUUCCAGCUGCUUCUCCCCAGCGCCAGGUCUACCUUAAGUUCCUGGACCAGUUUACAAAGUGAGAUCGCUGGGUCCUGUUUUCCUAACACACCACUGUGACAUGGCAUAUUGAUCUCCGGAUGUGGGUGCCCUAGGGCUCAGACUAUGCCCGCCCUCCUGUGGGGACCUUCUGCAGUCAGAUGAAGGGGAAUGAAGGAGGCUGAGAGGCACUGGGCAAGUUCUCCUGUGCCCUGGUUUCUACUACCUAAAAUGGGCUGAUUGACCUGUGGGGUUAAAGAGUGGAUUCAGAGAAAUGUUACAAAUGUAAUUGCUCCCCCAAUAAAGCAUACAUUUUGCUAUUU